AAGGAAACAACAAUACGGAAAAGCUCCGGCCUUCGGUUGCCGCAGUAUCGAAUGGAUUUCAAGUCGAGGCGCACGUGUUUAUCCUUUGGCGCGGCUGUGGUUCCGACGACUCCUUAUCGCUCGCAUCGGAAGGAUAUCGUAGUUGCCGCUUUCGUUACGGUUGGUGUUGUGGUUGUCGCGGAAAGCAGCGCCGUCUCAAGAUCCACGCAACGCGUUGCGGCUUUUGGUCGUCUCAAAACUGACACUGAAAAACGGGUAUAAAACGGUGUCUAUAAUUUCUCUCAGUGUAAAGUGCUAAACAGGAAAAGAUAGUGAAGUUUUUUCAACACGAGGCCGCUUUAGGCGGCCAGCGAAAGGAUAUUGUUUCAAAGCCCAACUACUGAAGUCAUAUCAUUGGAUGUUUGAAGCACAAAAUGGACUCCAGAGCCUGCUGCUGCCUUUUGUCAAAUCAUUUCAAGUAAUGUGAGCCAAAAAUAUUCGAGAUAAAGGUGUAAAAUUACCUUCAAACCAGCACUUUUGAAUGAAUUGAAUAGCUCAAAGUUAAUAAACAAUAAUUAUCAGAAGGACCAUGGCCACGCCAGGCAAGUGCUCGGGCUGCAACCUUACGCCAAUUAUCAUGAUAAUUAUAAGCAUUUCGAGAACUUGGGCACUGCAGGAGCAACAGCAGCAGCAGCAGCAGCCACUUGGAAUUAAGUCGUUAUCUCACAUCGUGGAUGGCAGGAACAACCUGUUGCCCAUAAUUUCCGCGCCACCGAGCAUGGAUAAUGAUUACGUUUACAUUGCCUCUGUCAACAGCAAGGUGCCGCAGUUCGGCAAUGGCCUGGACGAUGACCAGGAGGCCGAAGAGCAGCCACAGGACGAGACCACCUAUCCGCCGCCAGUCUUUGACUUUGGGAUGCCGAGAAACAUCACCGCCAGGACAGGACACACGGCGGCCAUCAACUGUCGCGUGGAGAAUCUGGGAGACAAAUCGGUGUCCUGGAUAAGAAAACGCGAUUUGCACAUUCUGACUGCAGGCAUUUUGACCUACACAUCUGAUGAGCGUUUCAAGGUGGUACGGACCGCCGACUCCAAGGAUUGGACAUUGCAUGUGAAAUAUGCCCAGCCACGUGACAGCGGCAUCUACGAAUGCCAAGUGAAUACGGAGCCAAAGAUUUCGAUGGCAUUCCGCCUGAAUGUCAUAGUCACGCCGCCAGAUGCCAAGGCGAUUAUUGCCGGCCCGGCGGAUUUGUACGUCAAAGUGGGCAGCAGCGUCACACUCACAUGCCUGGUGAAGCAGCCGGGUACAACGGCCCAGGAUAUUGGGCCAAUUUACUGGUAUCGCGGCCCAUACAUUCUCACGCCGUUUGUCGCUCAUCCGAAUGAUGCGGUAAUCGAUUUGCAGCGCAUCUCCAUGGAGUCCACGCUGGCCGAGAAGCUUCAAAGCAGAUUACGCAUCGCCAACGCUCAGCUGCUGGACACGGGCAACUAUACGUGCAUGCCGACCACAGCGGAGGCGGCCAGCGUGGUGGUCAAUGUCAUCAAUGAUGAGAGUCCCGCAGCGAUGCAGAAGAGCGGAGCCAGUGGUUGCUCCAUACGAAGCAGCGGGAGUUGCCAGGUUCUGUUGCUGCUCCUGGCCAUGGUUGUCAGCUCCGUGGUGCGAUGGCUUAUUGCUGGCAGCACCAGCAGCAGCAGCGACAGCGAUAGCACCUCGAAUUUAUCCACUCUGCAUAUCAAUUAUAGCCACCUGCAUUCGGAGAUCAGCGAAGAGCAGCGGGCACUGAGGUCAGCUUGCUUCGCAUCAUGAUAAUUAAGUGCUGUCCACUUUUAAGCAUCCUGUAUAUAAAAUGAAUUCAUAGUUAAGCGUAAACAACACUUGUGUAAAUCCGAAGGAAAACGAUGAGGAAACCAUUCAACUGUCCGCCUUUGUUACAUGAAGUUUUGUUUGUUUUCAAAUUAAUUAUUAAAGGUAUUUUAAUAUCAACAUAAAUGUAUAGAAACUUUAAAUUUACUCUCCGUCACUUCCCCCCUGUAAAUGGUUUCCCAUCAGCUAAACAAUAAACUAAACUAUAACUAAAUUUAGUGCUAAUUUAUUUAUUACGCAUAGCGUAAAUAAUUCUGUUACCAUUAAAAAUAAAAGGUAAUGCCCGACAACAAGUAAUUAUCGAAAUGUUAAGGCAAAUGUGUGAAAAUAACGAUAAAAACCAAAUAAAGAAUGCAAAUAAAAAAAAAGAAAACGCAAUUACCAAUAAAAAUACACAACUAUAAUGGUAUUUUUAAUUUCAGCAUGCAAAUAUUUUUAUUCGGUUAUUUUCUGUUAAUGCAAUUAGCUAAUUAUAUUUGUAUCUGUCACAAAAACCAAUUGAAAUGGCAUUUAAAAAUUCCUUGAAUUAUUUCAUUACUUCAUUUAAGUUUAGCUAUAAGUGAUGAAAUAUCACCAAUUUGUAACCAUAAU